GCAGGCCAUAUACAUAACGUAAUCUAUUGUAACAACGACAAGGAAAUGCAGCAACUGUUUAAUUACAGAGGCGUUUCUGUAUCAUAGCUAACUUCACGGGGUGCCCUUUAUCCUGAGCUUGCUUAGCUCUAAAAUCUUACCUUAAUUUUUUUUUUCUCAUUUGCUAAGUUUUUUAAAAACCUUCAGGGUAGCGACUGUACAGUCCAAGUUUUUGGAAACGCGCUCUCUAACCUUGGGAUCCUGGGUGAGGACGGUGUCCUCUGCUGCCCACUUGGUGUGUCACUCUGAUGAUCUGAGUCUGCAGAAGGCCCGCGCUUCCAUGUCAGAGCUGUGGGCGUCUGGGUGACAUCAUCCUCAUCCCGAAAUGCAGGAUCCUGCGCCGCAUCGACCUUGAGCUCAAGUUUAUGAAGCAUCCCUGCUCGCCCAGAUAGCCCUGCCUCUCUUAGUGUCUCCUGCGUCCUUGGCCUCAGGAUCUCCGGCGGCCACCCGUGGCCACUCGGUGACACCUGACGCACCGCUGGCCAGGGCGCUCCUCCCUCCUUCCCUCUGCUCGCCCCGCCCCGGCCGACUCAGUCGCCCGCCUAGGCGUGUCCCUCGCUGCCCGCCGUAGCCCGGCGCUCGGCCGGCCGCCGUUCCCAAGAUGGCCGCGGCGCGCACGGCUCCUGCGGCGGGCUAGAGGCGGAGGCGGAGUCGAGUCCCUCCCGCACCCCGCGGCGGCUCCGGGUCUCCCGCACCAGGCUGCAGUUGACGACCCGCGGCGGCCAUGCGGGGCUCGGUGCACGGAUGAGAGACGCCAACGCCGAACCGGUGCCCCCUCCCGCCCUCGCCGUCACCCCUGCAGCCGCCAUGGAGGAGCCGCGGCCGCCGCCGCCGCCGGAACCCGAGCCCGAGCCAGAGCGCUGCUCGGCGGCGAGGCCAGAGUGCAUGUUGGGAGAGUCAGCUUGCAAGAGUCUGGAAUCUGACCCAGAGGACUUUUCUGAUGAGGCGAAUACAGAAAACCUCUACAGCACCUCACCCCCGAGCACGCCCCGGCAGAUGAAGCGCCUGUCAACCAAGCACCAGAGGAACAGCCUGGGGAGGCCCGCCAGCCGCUCCAAUUUGAAAGAAAAAAUGAACACACCAACUCAGUCUCCUCAUAAAGAUGCAGGGAAAGGAGUGGAGACUGUGGAGGAGUACAGCUACAAGCAGGAGAAGAAGAUCCGAGCGACUCUGAGGACCACGGAGCGAGACCAUAAGAAGAACGCACAGUGUUCCUUCAUGCUGGACUCAGUAGCUGGGUCUUUGCCAAAAAAGUCGAUUCCAGAUGUGGAUCUCAAUAAGCCUUACCUCAGCCUCGGCUGCAGCAACGCCAAGCUGCCGGUCUCUAUGCCCAUGCCUAUAGCCAGAACUGCACGGCAGACAUCCCGGAGUGACUGCCCGGCAGACCGCCUCAAGUUCUUUGAAACACUGCGCCUUUUGCUAAAGCUUACCUCAGUCUCGAAAAAGAAGGACAGGGAGCAGAGGGGACAGGAAAACACGGCUGCUUUCUGGUUCAACCGAUCAAAUGAACUGAUAUGGUUAGAGCUCCAGGCCUGGCACGCAGGUCGCAGCAUCAAUGACCAGGACCUCUUUUUAUACACGGCUCGCCAAGCCAUCCCAGAUAUUAUCAAUGAAAUCCUCACGUUCAAAGUUAACUAUGGGAGCAUUGCCUUCUCUAGAAAUGGAGCUGGUUUCAAUGGCACGUCACUAGAAGGGCAGUGCAGAACCCCUCACACGGCAAACAGUCCGGGCUGUUCAACGUAUCACGAGCACCUCCAGCGCCAGAGGGUCUCAUUCGAGCAGGUGAAGCGGAUAAUGGAGCUGCUAGAGUACAUUGAAGCACUUUAUCCAUCCUUGCAGGCUCUGCAGAAGGACUAUGAACGCUAUGCGGCGAAAGACUUUGAGGACAGGGUGCAGGCGCUCUGUCUGUGGCUGAAUAUCACGAAAGACUUAAAUCAGAAGCUGAGGAUUAUGGGGACUGUUCUGGGAAUCAAGAACUUAUCAGACAUUGGCUGGCCAGUGUUUGAAAUCCCUUCCCCUCGGCCAUCCAAAGGCCACGAGCUGGACGACGAGGGUGAGGACACAGAGGGAGAGCUGAAAGAGCUGGAGAGUGGGACGGAGGAGAGCGACGAAGACCGGGCUCCCAACCCGCGGGCUCCAGAGUUCAGGCCGUCCUCAGACAAUUUUCUGGACGCCCACUCACAGGACUGCACCUCCAGGAGGCUUGAGAGACUCGAGUCUGAGGAGGAUUCUGUCGGCUGGGGAGCAGCGGACUGUGGUUCUGAGGCCAGCGUCAGCAGGCAUUCUUUGACUUCUAUUUAUAGACCGUUUGUGGACAAAGCGCUGAAGCAGAUGGGGCUAAGAAAGUUGAUUUUACGACUUCACAAGCUCAUGCAUGGCUCCCUACAGAGGGCUCGAGUAGCUCUGCUAAGGAGUGACCAUCCAGUGGAGUUCUCUGACUUUCCAGGUCCCAUGUGGGGCUCGGAUUACGUGCAGUUGUCGGGGACACCUCCUUCCUCAGAGCAGAAGUGCAGCCCUGUGUCCUGGGAAGAGCUGAAGGCCAUGGACCUGCCCUCCUUUGAACCCGCCUUCCUGGUGCUCUGCCGAGUCCUGCUGAACGUGAUCCAUGAGUGUCUGAAGCUGCGGCUGGAGCAGCGGCCCGCUGGGGAGCCUUCUCUCCUGAGCAUCAAACAGCUGGUGCGAGAGUGUAAGGAGGUCCUGAAGGGGGGGCUGCUGAUGAAGCAGUACUACCAGUUCAUGCUGCAGGAGGUUCUGGACGGCCUGGAGAAGACCCACUGCAACAUGGAUGCCUUUGAGGAGGACCUGCAGAAGAUGCUCAUGGUGUAUUUUGAUUACAUGAGAAGCUGGAUCCAAAUGCUGCAGCAGUUACCCCAGGCUUCCCAUAGCUUAAAAAAUCUGUUAGAAGAGGAAUGGAAUUUCACCAAAGAAAUCACUCAUUACAUCCGAGGAGGAGAAGCGCAGGCCGGAAAGCUUUUCUGUGACAUCGCAGGGAUGCUGCUGAAGUCCACAGGCAGCUUUCUGGAGUCUGGCCUGCAGCAGAGCUGUGCAGAGCUGUGGACCAGCGCUGACGACAACGGUGCAGCCGACGAGUUGAGGAGGUCUGUCAUAGAGAUCAGCCGCGCGCUCAAGGAGCUCUUCCAUGAAGCCCGGGAGAGGGCCUCCAAGGCACUGGGCUUUGCUAAAAUGCUGCGAAAGGACCUGGAAAUAGCAGCAGAGUUUGUACUGUCUGCCUCGGUCCAAGAACUCCUGGACGUUCUGAAAGCGAAGCAGUAUGUCAAGGUACAGAUUCCCGGCUUAGAGAACUUGCACGUAUUUGUCCCCGACAGCCUUGCUGAGGAGAAAAGAAUUAUUUUGCAGCUACUCAAUGCUGCUACGGGAAAGGACUGUUCCAAAGAUCCGGAUGAUGUCUUCAUUGAUGCCUUCCUGCUUCUGACCAAGCACGGGGACCGAGCCCGUGACUCGGAAGAUGGCUGGGGCACCUGGGAAUCACGGACUGUCAAAAUUGUGCCUCAGGUGGAGACUGUCGAUACCCUGAGAAGCAUGCAGGUGGACAAUCUUCUCCUGGUUGUCAUGGAGUCUGCUCAUCUCAUAAUUCAGAGAAAAGCCUUCCAGCAGUCCAUUGAGGGACUGAUGACUCUUCGCCACGAGCAGACAUCCAGUCAGCCAGUCAUUGCCAAAGCUUUGCAGCAGCUCAAGAAUGAUGCGCUUGAGCUGUGCACCAGGGUGAGUGACGCCAUUGACCGAGUGGACCACAUGUUCACGCUGGAGUGCGAUGCUGAGGUCGACGAGUUGGAGUCCGCCACGCUGCAGCAAUACUACCGAGAGGCGAUGAUUCAGGGCUACAACUUUGGGUUUGAGUAUCAUAAAGAAGUUGUUCGUUUGAUGUCUGGAGAGUUCAGACAGAAGAUAGGAGACAAAUAUAUAAGCUUUGCCCGGAAAUGGAUGAACUACGUCCUGACCAAAUGUGAGAGUGGCAGAGGCACAAGACCCAGGUGGGCCACUCAAGGAUUCGAUUUCCUACAAGCCAUUGAACCUGCCUUUAUUUCCGCUUUACCAGAAGACGACUUCCUGAGUUUGCAAGCCUUGAUGAAUGAGUGCAUUGGCCACGUCAUAGGAAAGCCACACAGCCCUGUCACAGCUAUCCAUCGGAAUAGCCCCCGUCCUGUGAAGGUGCCCCGAUGCCACAGUGACCCUCCCAACCCACACCUCAUCAUCCCAACCCCGGAGGGAUUCAGCACUCGGAGCGUGCCUUCUGACGCUCGGAACCAUGGCAACUCUGUUGCUGCUGCUGCUGUUGCUGCCGCCGCCGCCACCACUGUCCCUGGCCGCCCUGGCCCAGGUGGUGGCGACUCUGCGCCGGCCAAACCCGUCAACACUGCCCCUGAAACCAGGGGUUCCAGCGUCCCCGAAAAUGACCGCUUGGCAUCCAUAGCCGCAGAGCUGCAGUUCAGGUCUCUAAGUCGGCACUCGAGCCCCACGGAAGAGCGAGACGAGCCAGCGUAUCCCCGAAGUGACUCAAGUGGAUCCACACGGAGAAGCUGGGAACUUCGCACACUCAUUAGCCAGACCAAAGACUCUGUCUCUAGGCAGGGACCCAUAGAAGCUAUCCAGAAAUCAGUCCGGCUGUUUGAAGAGAGGAGGUAUCGAGAAAUGAGGAGGAAGAAUAUCAUUGGUCAAGUUUGCGAUACCCCUAAAUCCUACGACAACAUCAUGCACGUUGGACUGAGGAAGGUGACAUUUAAGUGGCAGAGAGGAAACAAGAUCGGAGAAGGACAGUAUGGGAAAGUGUAUACCUGCAUCAGCGUCGACACAGGGGAGCUGAUGGCCAUGAAGGAGAUUCGAUUUCAACCCAAUGACCAUAAAACUAUCAAGGAAACCGCAGACGAAUUGAAAAUCUUUGAAGGCAUCAAGCACCCCAACCUAGUUCGAUACUUUGGUGUGGAGCUUCACAGAGAGGAGAUGUACAUCUUCAUGGAGUACUGUGACGAGGGCACGCUGGAGGAGGUGUCGCGGCUGGGGCUGCAGGAGCAUGUCAUCAGGCUGUACUCGAAGCAGAUCACGGUUGCCAUCAACGUCCUCCAUGAGCAUGGCAUCGUGCACCGAGACAUCAAAGGCGCCAAUAUCUUCCUUACGUCGUCUGGACUAAUCAAACUGGGAGAUUUUGGAUGCUCAGUAAAGCUUAAAAACAACACCCAGACCAUGCCUGGAGAGGUGAACAGCACCUUGGGGACAGCAGCUUACAUGGCACCUGAAGUUAUUACCCGUGCAAAAGGAGAAGGCCAUGGACGUGCGGCAGAUAUCUGGAGUCUGGGGUGUGUCGUCAUAGAGAUGGUGACUGGCAAGCGGCCGUGGCACGAGUACGAACACAACUUUCAGAUUAUGUACAAAGUGGGAAUGGGACACAAGCCGCCGAUCCCUGAAAGGUUAAGCCCUGAAGGAAAGGACUUCCUCUCGCACUGCCUGGAAAGUGACCCAAAGAUGAGGUGGACAGCCAGCCAGCUCCUCGACCACGCCUUCGUCAAGGUUUGCACAGAUGAAGAGUGACGCCCAGCAGUCCGUGGCCUAGUAGUGUGUGGCCAGAAUCCCCGAUCACUACUGUAUGUAAUAUUUACAUGAGACUGCCGAGCGCAGUGCAGCCUUUUUAACCUGCGAGACCGAAGACUGCACGGGUGACAAGCACACUGCUGCUGCUCCCGUGGUCUGCCGUAGCACAGGGCCCUCCUGAGCGACAGUGUCGACGAGGUUAAGGAAGCCGCAUGCUAAGUGCCAUUACUACUGUACACGGACCAUCGCCUGUCUCCGCCGUUCCUUGCGUGACUGAGAACCGUGACAUCAGUGUCGUGUUUUUGAGCUUCUGGGGUUCAAAAGAAAAUGUAGUGUUGUCAGGUGUCCAGGACCUUGUUUUACUCCCGUUUGUUGAGUGCUCUGACUGUGAAACCUCUCUGUUGGCGAGCUGCGAGUUUGUUAUGCAGAGGCUCCUUAGUGAGACUGCAGAAAAGGUUCUUUUUCAAUAAAUGGUUUAUUUUAGGAAAGCUAAGUCAGCGUCUGUUACUGGCUCACAGUGAAAGAGCGAGCAGGACAGAGGAUGGGGGUCUGUCACUUGCCUUUACCUGCUGUCUCUCAGUAGAAAGAGCACAGGGAGCAAGCUUGUCCAGUGGGACACCGAGCCAGGUAUGGAUCGUUCUGAGUGGGGCUCAGUACACAGGCAGAUGGAAGCAUAUCACGGACACGCCUGAUCUAGUCUGCUUGCUCACAGGCGAAGGGUGUGACUCAGAUGAAGGAACACUAAUGCUGAAGGUGGCUCCUAGAACAGUCCAUAGUGGAGGCUUGGGCCAUGUCCCAUAUGUGUAGAACCUGGGGCAGGGGGAGAGUGCAUGAUCUCUUCAUAGGCAAAUGUCUUUUCAGAGCCUAACCUGAAGUAGGCUGGACAAGUAGCUGGAGUCGGUUCUUUCCUUCCACCAUAUGGGUCCGGGGGGAGUUGUACACGGGUCCUAAGGCUUGGCGUCAAGCUCCUCUACCUGCUGAGCCAUCUUGCUGGCCCCAUUUCUCUCUCCCAUUUGGGGAAAUACCUGUUUAGAUCUUUUGCCGAUUUUAGAAUUAGGUUAUUUGUCAACUUUUGCAGAGCUUUAAGUGUUUAGCUUUUUUUUUUUUUAACAUGCUCUUGAGUAAACCUUCUGUACCUAAUCUGCUGUGUGAAGAUGUCUUUUCCCGUCUGUGGUUUUCUGUGGUUUAUCUUGUCUUUUAGUUUCUUCAUAGCGUCUGUGAGAAUCAAGUUUGUUCUAGAAGCCCGUUCACUGUCUUGCUCUUUAUUGCCCGCCAGUGCCCACCGCCUGACUUACCUCUCAUUUUAGCUUUCAGAUUAGGCAUGAAUUAGGCCCCCUCUCUUUCAGUUGUUUUUGGGGGUCCAGGUUUGUGUCUGCUACAGAGACCUCUUUCCCGUGGAUCUCCUCACAGUGCUGUGAAUGGAAACACAUUUCAGUUCAUAGUCAGCGGCUUAUGGCACAUGGACACAGAUACGGUGGACUUUGUGUUUACUUCAUCUCAGAGUUGUAGACUCCAUCCGUAUAGAGACGUGUGGCCCAGGAGCAAGGGCAGUUCCUCUUCCUGGGGUGAAAUCUGCUUUGCAGUUGAACGUGUCCCUUUUCUACCUUCCUGCAUCAUUUAUGGUAUUUUUGAGAGGACUUUCCCUCUGUAUUCCCAGAUGGCUGUGCUCUGUAGCUCUUGUUUCUAGGGAUCCCUUGACUCCCUAUCAGGGGGGUGUGGCCUUCCUAGAGUGAAUCAGACAUCGCCUUUUCUCCAUUUACUCCGAGAUGUGUGGGUUGUGUUUUCUUGAUCUUUUGUUGUGUCUUAGUUAGGACUUGCUCACAAAGCUGGCCGGGCUGGACCUGUCCGUGGAGGGCUGUUUUCAGUUUCUCUGAGCUGACAUUAGAAUCUCACUGUCUCACCAAGUUGUUGGAUUUCUCAGCAGACAGCCGGUCAGUCACUAACUGCCAUUACACUCGGUGUCUGCUCAGCCGCUGUCCCUCGUACUCCUGUGUACCCAUCUGCCCUGUCCUCGGACUCCUGUGUACACAUCUGUCUGCUGUCCUCGGACUCCUGUGUACCCAUCUGUCUGCUGUCCUCGGACUCCUGUGUACCCAUAUGCCCUGCUGUCCUCGUACUCCUGUGUACACAUCUGUCUGCUGUCCUCGUACUCCUGUGUACCCAUCUGUCUGCUGUCCUCGGACUCCUGUGUACCCAUAUGCCCUGCUGUCCUCGUACUCCUGUGUACACAUCUGUCUGCUGUCCCUUAUACUCCUGUGUACACAUCUGUCUGCUGUCCUCGUACUCCUGUGUACACAUCUGUCUGCUGUCCUCGUACUCCUGUGUACACAUCUGUCUGCUGUCCCUUAUACUCCUGUGUACACAUCUGUCCUCUGCUGUCCCUUGGACUCCUGUGUACCCAUCUGUGCUCUUUGUCUUGAUAAAGGUUGUCCAUCUUUUCAGUCUCUUCUGGCUUCACUGGUGUUUUCUCUUAUUUUUCUGAUUUCUGUUUUUCCUGUAGUGAUCUUCAUUGUUUCUUUCCUUCUGUGUGCUUUAGGUUUAAUUUGCUUACUUUUCAAAAUACUGGUAAAAGCAGCCUGCUAGGCUGCUUUGGUUAGCAACUUACACCAGGCCCAUGCCUACAAGUGACUUCCAAGUAAGAAGAGUCAGCCGCUCACACGGGCACCAAGGCUGUUAAAGUGGCAGCUUCCAUGUGCUGGCACUGAUGGGUGGCAGGAGCUGCAGAGAUCCAGAGGGCCUGGUGCAGGUUCAUGGGUUACAUGGGCUUGGUGGUGGCUACAGCUCCAGUGUGGCAUGGGCCACACUGUAAAGUAGCAGUGUGAAUGGUGAGAGUGCACAUGCAGGGUACAUGCACAUGUGAUGUGUGAAUGGUGACUGUGUGGACAGUUAGGGUGUGCGCACACUUGAUAGUGCCAAUGGUAACUGUGGGCAUGCAGGGUGUGUGCACACAUACUAGUGUGAAUGGUGACUGUGGACAUACAUGGUGCAUGCACACGUGCCACAGCAAUUGUGUGUUGAUCAGAGUACUUGUGAGAUCUAGUUCUUUCCUUCCAACACAUGAAGCUUGAGGACUGAACUCGUGUCUCUUGGCUGCAGGCACCGUUGCCUGCUGAGAUGUCUUGGCAGCCCCAUUUUCUCAAAAUAAAGCGUUACAUA